GGUACAGUGACCUAUGACGAUGUGCACAUCCACUUCACCCAGGAAGAGUGGGCUUUGCUAAAUCCUUCUCAGAAAUGUCUCUACACAGAUGUGAUGCUGGAAACCUACAGGAACCUCACUGCUAUAGGCCACUUUUGGGAUGACCAUAAUAUGGAAGAUCACUGUCAAACUUCUAGAAGACAUAGAAGGAAUGAAAGAAGCCAUAAGGGAGCACAUCCUGUGAAUAUACACAAUGAAUGUGUGAAAAAAUUUGUAUGUUACAGUCAUCUUCAAAGGCUUGAAAAAAUUCAUACUGGAGAGAAACCAUAUGGAAGUCUUCAGUACGGUGAAGUCUUUGCAUGUCACAGUUUCCGCCAACUCCAUGAAAGAACACACACGAUCGAGAAAACCUAUGAAUGUAAACACAUGCAGGAGAGAAACCCUAUGGAUGUAAUCAGUGUGAUAAAGCAUUUACAAGAAAUGCUCAACUUAAAAGUCAUAUAA